AUGCCUCUUGUUGUACCGGGGAUCAACUCCACGAUGGGCGAUAAGUCCGAAUGGGUCAAUAAGCUUAUGGGCAAGAAGCUCGGCGAUUCUAGUAAUGAGACGUCCUUUGCUAAGAAGGACCUCCCUGAAUCCCACCGUGUUCUGAAGCCAGGUGAUAUGAAGACUAUGGAUCACAACCCGGACAGACUCAACAUCCACGUUAACGAGGAAGGUGCUGUUCACGAUGUCACUUAUGGCUAG